AUGUGGGUCGUCUCUGGCAUCUACAAGGAUUAUCAACCUGCCGCUGCCACCACCAAGAAUAGUGUACGUUGUGGUAAUGAGCGACUCAAUGAGAGCUCUCCCUCACAAGGCUGCCCAUCACCUUGUGGUAAUGAGCAACUCAAUGAGAGCUCUCCCUCACAAGGCCGCCCAUCACCUUGUGGUAAUGAGCAACUCAAUGAGAGCUCUCCCUCACAAGGCCGCCCAUCACCUUGUGGUAAUGAGCAACUCAAUGAGAGCUCUCCCUCACAAGGCCGCCCAUCACCUUGUGGUAAUGUGACUCACCUUGUGGUAAGCGACUCAAUGAGAGCUCUCCCUCACCGCCCAUCACCUUGUGGUAAUGAGCAACUCAAUGAGAGCUCUCCCUCACAAGGCCGCCCAUCACCUUGUGGUAAUGAGCGACUCAAUGAGAGCUCUCCCUCACAAGGCCGCCCAUCACCUUGUGGUAAUGAGCAACUCAAUGAGAGCUCUCCCUCACAAGGCCGCCCAUCACCUAUAAGGUUCUAUGAGAUGCUUAUCUCCUGA